AUGACGUUGGAAGAAGAUACAAAAAGAUCGUUAUCUGAAUUAAGGCGGAAACGAGGAACUAUCAAAGCUGCACUUACUCGUGUUAAUACUUUCGUAAAUAAAUUUGAUCCUACCRUUCAAGCUGUUUCUUUACUCGAAUUUAGACAAGAAGAACUUCCUCAAAUCAAUCGUAAGUUUGAUGAAAUUCAGUGCCAAAUCGAGUUAAUUGCAAUUGAUGACCAGGAAGGAUCUGAAGCUGAACGUGAUAUAUUUGAACGUGARUAUUUUGCAAUCAGGUCACAAAUACAGGAGAUAAUAAAUCACGAAAAGGCACCUAGUACUACGGGACAUAAUGURUCCUUCGGAAACAACUCGCUCGCUACCCGAACGCAACUCGCUCCAAUUCCGUUACCAAGGUUCAAUGGAAAUAUACAAGAUUGGUCAUCGUUUUUCGAUAUUUUUCAAGCUAUGGUACACCGAGAUGAAGGAUACUCUGCCGCACAAAAAUUCUAUUAUCUGCGCUCCUGCUUAGAUGGCCCUGCUCUUGAUCUAGUACGUUCGACACCAGUAUGUGACGGGAACUACGAGGUAGUGAUUCAGUUACUAAAACAGAGAUACGAUAACCGCAGUCUGGUGAUUCAGUCCCAUGUACGUUCUAUUCUUAACUGUCCAUACAUGGACGAUUCACCAGCUAGCUCAUUGCAGAACUUAUUUGCUUGUGUAACAACACAUGUGGCAGCUCUCAGAGCAUUGGAUCAACCYGUUGAGCACUGGGAUGCGUGGCUUAUAACAAUCGUUACUUCUAGAUUAGACAAGAGUUCUGCUCAGGGAUGGCUAUUGCACCAGAGAAACACAGAUUUACCGAGGUUCUCUGAAUUAGAAAAAUUCCUGGCAAGUCGAUGCACAGCUCUAGAAGGUUCGGAUGCACUUCAGAACAAACCGGUGAGAUCAUCAGCUACUGCUUCAAGUAAAAAUAUCUCACAACCCGGGAAAAGGGCACUGUUUGUUGCUAGUGAGACUGAAGUUUGCCCUUGUUGCCCCGGCAUGCACAGAUUAUUCUAUUGCGAUAAGUUCAAGGACCUGUCAGUAACCGAUAGACUUACGUUUGUCCGAAAUGCAGGACGCUGUUUCAAUUGUCUUUCAUCAAGACACACAUCUAAUAUGWGUAAAUCGCUGUAUUCUUGUCGCGAGUGCAAGGGAAAACACAACACAUUGCUACACCUUGAAAGGGGGAGAAAGCAGAACAGUGACAAUCAUGUUCCUACUCAACCUAGUAGACAGGAAGAGGCUGCUCCUCAAGUAUUACCAA